GCCCGGCCUUCCACAUCUGCCCAAUGAAUCAGGAGCGGAUGCGAUGUAUCCUUUUUCAGUGGAGUGAAUGGCCAAUGGGAGUUGGCUUGUCGAGCAAACACUGAGCCCUGCGUUCCCAUUCAUUCAGUGCUGAACAGGCCCGCAGAGCUGAAGAGAGCGCACGGCUGUCUGCGACCACACGACGCUUCUGUUUUUUCUCUCUCUCUCGCUCUCUCUCUACAGCGAGCGCAGACUCUCCGCAACAAACACAGCAACAGCCUGAACUCCACUCUCCGCGCACACUCUAAGAGGAGAACGUCUUGGAUUUAAGCUCCCUCGUCUUUGAUUUGAUUUCACACGAGACAUUUUCUACGAUAUUUCGACUCGCCAACUUAUUCCUGCGGGACUUUCUAGAACUGGGUUAGUCUCGCCAGAAGAUCGGCCUCCCCAAGUGCGCAGCAGCUCUCCCUCCUCCAUCAGAGCUCCACCGUGGAUUUAACUUUGUUUUAAAACUGGGACGAAUGCAUGCGUAAAAGCGCGCUCCACUUCCAGAAAACUUACCAAGAAAAGGGAAUUACGCACAGGGAUACUCUCUCUCUUGGAUUAAAAGGCAGUUCAUGUUAUGCAUUAGACCCGAUAGCCUGCGUUUGGACAUUGCCCCUUCCUUGUGGAUGGAGUUUUGGUAGGCUAUUUGGUUGAUGGAUUCGACGUUAUGGAUGGUUGCAUAUAGGCAGGUUUUCCGAUGCAUGCCAAGUCCACGGUGAAUGUCGGAAGUGGUGAUCCCCCCAGAUGGAGCUCCAAAGUCAACAUGGCCCCGGCGGUUCAUUAGUGGUGAUCCAGCAGCCUUCCCUGGAGAGCCGGCAGAGGUCGGAUUACGAGCGGGAGCUCCAGCAUGCCGCCAUUCUCUCCCUGGACCAAAUCAAGGCCAUCCGCUCCAACAACGAGUACACCGAGGGGCCCUCAGUGGUACGGAGGCCCCCUGCGCCCCGAAUGGCCCCCAGGCCCCAGGACAAGCAGGAGAGGACUCACGAGGUCAUCCUCGUCAAUGUGAACAAUAAUUAUGAGCACCGGCCAUCAGGUCACCACCAUCACGUUGGGGGUGGCGUGGUGGUAGUGGCUGGAGGACAGCAGUAUGGAGGGUCUCGGGCCCCAGGGCUCAGCCGCUCCACUAGCACAGGAAGUGCCGCCAGCUCAGGGAGCAACAGCAGUGCCUCCUCUGAGCAGGGACUCUUGGCACGCUCACCCCCCACCAGGCCCGGCAUGAGCUUACAGCACCACCACAGAGCAGAGCGGCCUGUUCGGACUCAGCCCAAGCCUAAGGCCCUCUCUCAGCCCCAGCAGGGACCUCACUUCCAUCAGCCUCCACUAGAGGCUCCGCUCAAGCCGCAGGGCAAAGGGAAAUCAGACUUUUCUAGCUCUGGCACUGGGGUGGUGGCUGCUGCCGGGCACCAGUUCAUCUGUGAGCGCUGUGGGAAGUGCAAGUGUAGUGACUGCACGGCUCCCCGGAGCCUGCCUUCAUGUCUGGCGUGUAACGGACAGUGUUUGUGCUCAGCUGAGAGUGCACUGGAGCACGGCACCUGCAUGUGCCUGGUUAAGGGCAUCUUCUACCACUGCUCCAAUGACGAUGAGGGGGACUCUUGUGCUGACCAACCCUGCUCGCUGUCACGCUCCCACUGCUGCUCCCGCUUUCUGUGCAUGGGAUUAAUGUCGGUACUCUUCCCCUGUCUGCUAUGCUACCCACCUGUUAAGGGCUGUCUGAAGGCAUGCCAGGGCUGCUACGACCGGGUUAACAGGCCCGGCUGUCGCUGCAAGAACUCCAACACUGUGUACUGCAAACUGGAGAGCUGGGCCCCACAGAGCCAGGAGAAACCCUCCUGAUCGGCCCUGUGCGUGAUUGUGAUUGUGUGUGUGCGGGAGACUCUAGAUGUGGAUCUUAUGAUGACAAUGAUAAUGAUAGUCACAAAUUAAUGUUUAUCAAACAUUCUAAGCACCUCCCACCCGCCUCCCUUUCCUCGCUGCAGAACCCUAAGGAGCUAAAAGGAGUAACGAAAACCACUCGAUUAUUUUAUUUUGAUUUCUCUGGAUCAGGACCAUGUUUUUACAGACCAGUGUUUGCCUUAACUGUUUCUACGUCUGUCCUCAGCUCCUCAUUAACACUAUUUUUUUAUAUAUAUGUAAGUUUUUCUUCCGUUUUAGGUAGGUAGUUUCCUCCAGGUCUUUGCACCUGGUGGAUCUGCCUCUCACCAAAAUCUGUGAAGGACGAUCUACUAUAGGGCAAUUAUGUAGCUGUUACCUGGUAUUCAUAGCAAGCAGGUAUGUUUGAAUUUAUUGGUUGCUACCACACUGAACUGUGGUUUCCUUUGCUCAUGUUGCAUUAACGAAAGCACAUCCAUCUCAUAGUAUUUUUUUCUCCACCUGGACAUGUUUCUCUCCUUCCACCCAUCUGAACUCUUCAUUCACAUUCUGUGGCAUUCUCCCAUGUUUUUUUUUUUGUUGUUUUUGUUUGUUUGUUUAUCUUUAUUUUGUUGUAAAUUGUAUGCUCAAAAAUCCAUAAGAGGAAUUCUGGCUAUUUUUUAAAAGAAAAAUGUCUGUUAAAACAUUUUUUUGUUGUAAAAAAUAUUUAUUAUGUGAAGCUCUAUUAUUUUAUGAUAUUUAUUGCAAGAGACAGUCUUAAAUUUACUCAUGUCUGAAUAUAACAAAAUAUCAAAUACUUACUGAAAAAUUAAAGGGUGGCACAAAAGAAAACUAUGUUAACUUUAAUGCAGAAAAUAUAUUAAUUAAUG